AUGGAGCCCCGCAGGACCCCUCCAGAGUACUUCCUGGAGAUCUUCGCAGACACAACCACCGUGAGGGAUGUAUUAAAAGGCGUCCUCAACCUCAUCUUCUUCCACCGUUACUUCCCAUCAAUUCGGCCGACAACCUUCGACGUUCUUGACUUCACCCUCCCCGCCAUCGACGACGUCGAGCUCGAAACCCUGAUCGAAUCCCGCAUCAGCGCCCUGGUCCGCCAACACACUUCCGCUACCAGUACCCAUGAAGGCGGCGGCGGCGUCCGCGGUCGCAUCGCGGUCGAGUUCUACGAGAAGAAGCGCAAACGCUCCGGGGCGUGGUUCAGCGGGCUAGCGGGCAAGGGAGAAGAAGAGGUAUGCUGGGAGGUGUGGAAUCUAGACGUGACGAUCGCGACGCCUCGGACGGAAUCAGAACGCGCCAAAGUCCGGAAGGCGAUGGAGAACAUGCUCCAAAAGGCUGCGCUGAAGAUCCUCGCGGUCGUCAACCGGGAUAAAGAUCACAUCCCGCCGAUCACCACCAGCGACUCUAAUCCCUUCCCCUAUCGAAUCGUACUGAAUCCCCGCUCGGACGGCUGGCAGAACCGGUUCGGCUUGUACUGA